UGUUUACCGAGCGGCUGAGGGAAACCGAUCGGGAGGUUGCCGGCCCCAGAGGGGAGCCGCUCGGGAGGUACCUCACCUCGGGGAGAGGGAUCGUACCCGCGAUGAAUCGGGGCCGGUAGCGCGGAUCGGUGUGGUCUCGAUGCUGCAGUGUCUCUCUAUGGUGUGGCGCAAGGUGCUGAGGAAGCGCUGGGUCCUCGCCGUGGUGUUCGGCCUCUCACUCAUCUACUUCCUGAGCAGUACCCUGAGGCAGGAGGAAAAAACAGUACUUGACAGAAACUUGAUGCAACUUCGAGGUUCUGAGAGGCGAAUUGUGUUAAAGGUGCGCUUCAACCUUGGCAACAGCAGCAGGCCAUAUACACAGUGUCGAAACUCCAUCCAGGGUAAACUGCUAAUUACAGAUGAACGAGGUUAUGUAUGUGAAAGGAAAGACUUGCUUGUGAAUGGCUGCUGCAGUGUAAAUGCACCUAGCACAAAGCUUUACGCAUGUGAUACUUGUUUGCCCAAUGACUGCUGCACUGUGUAUGAGUACUGUGUCUCCUGUUGCCUACAACCAAACAAGCAACCUCUAUUAGAACGUUUCCUGAACAGGGCUGCAGAAGCCUUCCAGAAUCUGUUUACAGCAAUCGAAGAUCACUUUGAGCUUUGCCUGGCAAAGUGCAGAACAUCAUCUCAGAGUGUUCAACAUGAAAAUAACUACAGAGAUCCUGCUGCAAAGUAUUGCUAUGGAGAAGAUCUGCCAGAGCUACUUCCACUUUAAUUAAUGUUGUUAAAAUAGCCGUCAUGACCAAACGUUGUAACAAUCUCACUGUGGAAGGACUGCAGAAAUUUUGCUAAAAUAUGAGGAAAUUGCAUUUUUUUCUACAUCAUUAUUUAUUCUUUAUUUUGUUUCAACUUUUGAUGGCAGCAAUCAAGGCAACCAAAUGCGAAACGAUACUCCUCCAAAAUGUGUAAUUAGUGCUUUGCUCAAUAUUGCAACCUGAGCAGAUGACUGGCAGCAACUAAAGAAUCAUCAGCAACACUAAUUACAGUUUAUUUGCAUAUUUGGAAAUUAAUUUGAACAAGAUAUGUAAAUAUAUGCAUGUGUUUAUCAAAAUUAAGAUGUAUACAACUCUUGAUUUAUGAGCAGUUCAGAUUUUUCUGCUUGCUGCAUAUUGUUUCAAGUCUUGCCUAUUCAUAAAGCAAUAUGAUCAUAUGAUAAAUGGAAUCACAUUGAAAUAUUUUUUCUUAUGUUUUGAGCAUCAUUGAAGCAUGAUACUUUGUGCAGCAAGAUUGAAUUGUUGUAGUUAAAUACAGGCUCUGAACAUUUGAGUGUGCGUAUAUUAGGUUAUCUCCACUCCAUUUUAUAGAUUAUAUAUAUCGUGUUUUGGCCUCAUUGUUGCAUUCUUAUCUUCAGUAAAGAUGUAGCUGUUUAUCUGAGCUAUACAAAUUAAAAACUAAAGUGAUAUGCUGUGGCUGAAUUUCCAAAAAAUAGAUUAAUUACAACUUCAAGAAAGAUGAGGCAAAAAUUGAAAGAAACAUUUCUUGCAAUAAGAUGCAAUACUGAACAAAUUUGAAAAAGAGCAUGUUUAAGUUUCCUAAUUAUGUUUUGAAUAAGGAAAUGGUACUGAAAGAGAAUAUGUUUUAAAAACAGCUGUAGUAGUUGGAUAGUGAGUAAACAAGCCUCAGCUUUUAAUAAAAAAAGUCUAUCCUUUAGUGAAUGCCAAAGGUUGAAAGGCGAUCGUUGUGCAUUAUUUUCUUUCAUUUGAAAGAGUCUCUAGGCAAAUGAGCCAGAAGUAAAAUAUUGGCAUUAAAAUAUGAAACAGCAUCAUUUGUGCUUGUUGUUCCAUAUGGUUGUGUAUUAAAAACAAGUUAUACUUCAGAGAGCAUCUUCCUAAGGGUUGAAGAAUAAAUCAUGUGUUUUUGUUUUAUAUUUGAGAUGCUAUUAACUUAAUGUAAGCUAACUUAAUUUGUGUAUGGAGACUGUGUAAGUGUAACUGUUCUUGAUGUCAUGAAAUGGAAUAAUGUCCAAAUAAAGAACAAUGUAACAGAUAAA